AUGGCUUCAGCUGGAUGUCACAUCACCAUGGUGAUCGCGGACUACCUGAGGGAGAGAAACCUUAUGAAUGUGAGGAGAGAGAAGUCGUAUACAUGCUUCGAGUGUGGGAAAGGCUUCUGGCGGAUUUCAGACCUUCAUAGUCACAAGAAAGUCCACACUGGAGAGAGGCCCUAUGUAUGUGAUGUGUGUGGAAAAGGCUUUAUCUUUAGCUCUGACCUUCUCAUUCAUCAGAGAGUCCACACAGGAGAGAAACCCUAUAAAUGUGCUGAGUGUGGCAAAGCCUUCAGUUACAGCUCAGUACUUCUCAUUCAUCAGAGGGUCCACACAGGCGAGAAACCUUAUAAGUGUGAAGAGUGUGGCAAGGGUUUUAGAUGUACCUCAAAUCUUUACAUCCAUCAGCGAGUCCACACAGGAAAGAAACCCUAUACAUGUGAUGAGUGUGGCAAGGUUUUCAGUUACAGCUCAAAUCUUCGUACCCAUCAGAGAUUGCACACAGGAGAGAAACCCUACACAUGUUUUGAGUGUGGAAAGUCCUUCAGUCAGAGCUCCCACCUUCAAGGCCAUCAGAGGGUCCAUACUGGAGAGAAGCCCUAUAAGUGUGAAGUGUGUGGGAAGGGCUUUAGUCAGAGCUCCUCCCUUCAGGUUCAUCAGAGAGUCCACACACGAGAGAGACCCUAUAAGUGUGAGGAGUGUGGGAAAAGCUACAGUCGAAGCUCAUGUCUGCGGAUUCAUCAGAGAGUGCAUUUUAAGUGA